AUGGCAGCCACCACCGCCCCCAUCUCUUCCUCCGUCUCCAGACCCACCAGGGGCCACCCAACCCCUCCUCCUCCUCCUCCUCCUUGUUUCUCUUUCCUCCCCAAAACCCUCACUAAACCCUCCUCCCUUUCCCUCUCCUCCUCCUCCUCCUCCUUCACCGCCCACUCCCACACCCCAAUUUCCUCCUUCUUCGAAUACGAAGACGAUGAGAAGCCUCGCGAGGAGUGCGGCGUCGUCGGCAUCUACGGCGACCCUGAAGCCUCUCGCCUCUGCUACCUGGCCCUCCACGCCCUCCAGCACCGCGGCCAGGAAGGCGCUGGCAUUGUCUGCGUCCACGACAACCUCCUCCAGUCCAUUACCGGUGUUGGGUUGGUCUCUGAGGUCUUCAAUCAGUCCAAGCUCGACCAGUUGCCUGGCGACUUGGCUAUCGGCCACGUCAGGUACUCCACUGCCGGUCAGUCUAUGCUUAAAAAUGUCCAGCCUUUUGUUGCAGGCUAUCGCUUCGGCUCUGUCGGGGUUGCCCACAAUGGCAACUUGGUCAAUUACGGCGCCCUCAGGGCUAUGCUUGAGGACAACGGCUCUAUCUUCAAUACCAGCUCCGACACCGAGGUGGUUCUUCAUCUCAUUGCCAUUUCGAAAGCUAGGCCUUUUCUUUUGAGGAUUGUCGAUGCGUGUGAGCAGCUUAAGGGUGCUUAUUCCAUGGUGUUUGUCACCCAACACAAGCUUGUUGCCGUUCGGGACCCGCACGGCUUUCGCCCUUUGGUUAUGGGCAGGAGGAGCAAUGGUUCUGUUGUUUUCGCGUCCGAGACUUGUGCGCUUGAUUUGAUUGAGGCUACUUAUGAGAGGGAGGUGGAUCCCGGAGAGGUGGUGGUGGUCGACAAAGAUGGGGUUCAGUCUCUUUGUCUUAUGGCUCAUCCUGAACCCAAGCAAUGUAUAUUUGAGCACAUAUACUUUUCCCUGCCCAAUUCUGUUGUUUUUGGGCGUUCUGUGUAUGAGUCUCGUCGUGUGUUUGGUGAGAUUCUCGCCACUGAGGCCCCUGUUGACUGUGAUGUUGUCAUAGCAGUGCCUGAUUCCGGUGUGGUGGCUGCACUUGGUUAUGCUGCCAAAGCUGGUGUGCCUUUUCAGCAGGGUUUGAUUAGGUCUCACUAUGUGGGAAGGACCUUCAUUGAGCCAUCGCAGAAGAUUAGGGACUUUGGCGUCAAGCUUAAGCUCUCUCCAGUCAGGGCUGUGUUGGAGGGUAAGAGGGUUGUGGUAGUGGAUGACUCCAUUGUGAGGGGAACUACGUCUUCCAAGAUUGUUAGGUUGUUGAAGGAGGCAGGGGCUAAGGAAGUUCACAUGAGGAUUGCAAGCCCACCAAUUAUAGGCUCCUGUUAUUAUGGUGUCGACACCCCAAGUUCUGAGGAGUUGAUUUCAAACAGGAUGAAAGUUGAGGAGAUUAGGGAGUUCAUCGGAUGCGAUUCACUUGCUUUUCUGCCAUUUGAUAGCUUGCAGGGGAUGUUGGGAACACAGGCUCCCAACUUUUGUUAUGCUUGCUUUACUGGAAAUUACCCUGUGGAACCUAGGGAGGAUAAAGUGAAACGGGUUGGUGAUUUUGUGGAUGAUGGAAUGACUGGUAAUUUUGAUUCCAUUGAUGGUGCUUGGAUUCCAGCAAAUCGGAUUCACAAACACGAGAGGGAUAAUGAAUUUGAUGGCAGUGUUCUUUGAAAGUUUGCUCACCCACCAUUGCUUCAGUUGAUGAUAUAGAUGCUAUUGGGUUCAACACAGCAGCAUAGGGAAGUAUAGCAGCGAGUGAUAUCUUCGAUCUAAAGGAAGCAUAGGGUCCCUUUUCAAUUUUGCAUCUGAAUUAAAUUUUUCUUGAUGUCACACAGUUGCUACGUUGUUAUACAGUAGUUAUUUUCUGAAUUCAGACAUCAUAAUAGUUCAUAAGAGCUUCUGGUGCAUAAGCUGGCUGAUGUUUUUCACUUCAAGGACUAUACUGUUUUUUU